AGUGAGGUGCACUGUGAAGUCUGUCAAAAUCUUUAAAGCAGAUCCCUAGCCUUUUCCUCUAGGCUACAAUGCACUGAGAACAAAACUUCAUCCAUAGUGUAAAACCUUAGAUACCAAAAAAAAUUUAAGUCUUGGAUCUCAGCGAUAAUGACAACCUUUGAUGACCUCCUGGAGGAGGCUGGGACUUUUGGCCAGUGUCAGAGGCGUAUCUUUGCCCUGCUCUGUCUGCUGUCAUUGCCUUUUGCAGGUGUGUACGUCGGCAUCGUCUUCCAGGGUUUCACCCCGGAUCACUGGUGUCGGGACUCUGCGGUGGUGGAGAGGAGGCAGGCGUGCGGCUGGAGCCUGGAAGACAGUCGCAGGCUGACGGUGCCUCUGGUCAACAGCUCUGGGGUGCUGCAGCAGAGCAGCUGUGAGCAGUACAAGGUGGACUGGAACAGCACAGGACUCACCUGUGACACCCAGGAACUGGACCUCAGUGGAGUCCCAGUCUCUAUGUGCAAGGACGGCUGGGAGUAUCAGAAUGAAGGGAGGAAGUCCUUUGUCACAGAGUUUGACCUGGUGUGUUCAGAUGGAUGGUUGGUCGACAUGUACCAGUCCACUCUCAACGUGGGCUUCCUCGCCGGCAGCUUUGCCUUCGGCUACCUUGCCGACAGGUUUGGCAGGAAGAUCAGUUUCCUGAUGUCAUUCAUACUGAAUGCGAUCUCUGGGUUUGCGCUGGCUGUGGCUCCAAACUACAUCUCCCUCCUGGUGUUCAGGACCAUCUUUGGCUUCGGAGUCAAAGGAGGCUGGAUGACUUCCUACAUGCUGCUGACAGAGAUAGUUGGAGUGGAGUACAGACGAACAGUGGGCAUAUUGUACCAGAUGUUCUUCAGUGUCGGCGUCCUCAUCCUCCCUCUGCUCGCCUACUUCAUCACUGACUGGCGCUGGCUGCAGGUCACCAUCACUGCCCCCUACAUCCUCUUCCUGUCCUACUACUGGUUAAUCCCAGAAUCUCCAAGGUGGCUCAUCUCCCAGAACAAUUCCUCCAGAGCAAUGGAGAUCACUGAAUCUAUGGCAAAGGAGAACAAGAAGAAACUCACUAGGAACUUGGAGACACUCACUGAUGAGGAGGGUGACUCCCCCUCUGCCUCCUUGCUGGACCUGAUCAGAACCCCAAAUAUGAGGAAACACACUUUCAUCCUCAUGUUCAACUGGUUCACCAGCGGUGUGGUUUAUCAGGGCCUCAUUAUGAGGGUGGGGAUAGCAGGAGGAGACGUCUACAUUGACUUCCUCAUCUCUGGCCUGGUGGAGUUCCCUGCUGCCUUCCUCAUCCUCUUCACUAUUGAGCGUAUCGGCCGGCGUCUCCCCUUCGCCUCCGCCAACAUCGUCGCCGGAGCCUCCUGCCUCGUCACCGCCGUCAUCCCUGACAGUAUGUUCUGGUUUAAGACGGUGGUGGCCUGCAUCGGUCGGCUGGGUAUCACCAUGGCCUUCGAGAUGGUGGUGUUUGUUAACACUGAGCUCUACCCGACGUUUGUCAGGAACCUGGGAGUGUCAGUUUGUUCCACUCUGUGUGACGUUGGAGGCAUCGUCGCUCCGUUCCUGCUCUACAGACUGGCUGUCAUCUGGCUGGAGCUGCCACUCAUCAUCUUCGGAGUGGUAGCGCUCAUAGCUGGAGGUUUGGUGCUGUUGCUGCCUGAAACCAGAGGAGUUCCUCUCCCCGAGACUAUUGAUGAUAUCGAAUUUCCUAAUAGGAAAAAGGAGAAUCCACUGGAGAACCAACAAAUGAAGAAACUUUUAAAAUCAAAGCUGACAAGCAAUAAGGAAACAAGAAGUGUGUGAUGCAUGUGUUUGUAGAUAGAGUUCUACUCGUGAUACAAUAUGUUGCCCUCUUCUAAAAACAAUUUUUACAUUUUCUAUAAAGCAUGACUUCCCCAU